CCUUGACCUCGAAUCGAAUUCGCCGGUGUAUGUGUAAACAUAUCCUAAACGCUCAGGUCUCCAUCCGCGCGCCAUGCUGCAAGCAAUGGUUUGAUUGCGCGGAAUGCCACGCUGAAACGCAAGACCACAAGCUCAAGAAGACAAAUGAGAUGGCCUUUAUCUGCAAGAAGUGUAAAAAGGCAUUCAGGAAGGAUAUGACCAAUUACGAGGAAAGUGAUGAAUACUGUCCCCACUGUGACAACCACUAUGUCAUCGAGGCAAAGACGCCAGCGCCUGUUCUUGGUGUAGAGGGUGAAGAUGCGCGCGUCGAUGCCCGGUACGUGUUCGACACUGGCUUGAGGAUGAUCGGAUCCCUUACAUUGUCGCAGGAUGCUGAAAGACGACCGAGUCAAGCCUGUGCACCACCGGUCGCUGUUUUCUGAGCUCGACGACGAUGACUUCUUAGAUCGACUUGGAUAGAGUUGUAGAUGAGAGACGAGAAUAUAAUAUGUGUUUAAGGAGGCA